AUGGUUCUCAAUCAAUGGGUCGUUGUUUCAGUCUUAUCUGUCCUCCAUGGACAUGCUCUGGCAUUUCCACGACCUGAAUAUAUUCCACCGUCUCCUGGUGGCGGCUCUUGCAUCUCGGAUGGAGACCAUGGGGACUGCUCAUCGCUCUGCACUACCACCUCGUCGUGGACGGGCAUUGCGACCUCUGUCUCAGACUUCGGCGCCUUCAAGAGUUCCCUUGAUGCUAAGUAUGGCACGGAGCCUUCCUCUGGAGACCGUAUCCCCGUCCACACUACUGCCUUCUCCUUCCCCGGAGCUGGAUACAUCACUGCGUAUGGCUAUUACGACUCAAAAGCCCUCUCUUCAGCCGGAUACAAGAUAAUCUCUGGCGUGACCACCAUCACAGGGUCCUGUGAGCCAACAGCAACCCUUCCACCCUCCCCCACUGGCUCAGCAUGCGAACCCCAUGGUGACCAUUGGCACUGCGAGCCACUUCCAACACGCACCGCCGAGCCCGAGCCCACAUGUGAGCCUCAUGGCGACCACUGGCACUGUCCUCCUGGUGUUCCUGAGCCCACAACGCCGCCACCAAGCGAACCAUCUAUCCCGGCAACUACAGGCACUUGCGAGCCUCAUGGCGACCACUGGCAUUGCCCCCCUGGUGUACCUGAGCCCACUACGCCACCAGGCCACCCACCGCGCGACAACACUCCCGGAGACGAUGAAUGCGAACCCCAUGGAGACCACUGGCAUUGCCCGCCCGGUGUCCCAGAACCAACAACCCCUCCACCCGCAUCACAGCCUACCAACAGCGCUCCUGCUGGAGAAUGUGAGCCUCAUGGCGACCAUUGGCACUGUCCUCCCGGUGUUCCAGAGCCCACUACUCCUCCACCUGCAUCACAGCCUACCAACAGCGCUCCUGCUGGCGAAUGCGAACCCCAUGGAGACCACUGGCAUUGCCCGCCUGGUGUCCCAGAGCCCACUACUCCUCCACCCGCAUCACAGCCUACCAACAGCGCUCCUGCUGGAGAAUGUGAGCCUCACGGAGAUCAUUGGCACUGUCCCCCCGGCGUCCCAGAGCCAACCACCCCACCACCCAGCUCUCCAUCGCAGACCAACGGCCCCCCAGCAGACGAAUGCGAACCGCACGGCGACCACUGGCAUUGCCCACCCGGUGUGCCAGAGCCCACUACUCCUCCACCUGCAUCACAGCCUACCAACAGCGCUCCUGCUGGAGAAUGUGAGCCUCAUGGUGAUCAUUGGCACUGUCCUCCCGGUGUUCCAGAGCCCACUACUCCUCCACCUGCAUCACAGCCUACCAACAGCGCUCCUGCUGGCGAAUGCGAACCUCACGGUGACCACUGGCACUGUCCCCCCGGCGUCCCCGAACCCACCACUCCACCCCCGGCAACCUCUCCAUCCCCCACUAAUCCUGUAUUCGAUGGCGCCGGCUCGAAGAACGGGCUCUAUAAUAUCCUUCAAACGGCCGUCCUGGCCGGUUUGGUCGUCGGAUGGGGUCUACUGUAA